CACCAAGCCAGAGACAGUGAGGAGACUAGAGGAGAAGAUGAUGGGAAGAGACACAUUGAGGCAUGGAGAGACAUGGAGCUGGGAAUGGGAGGGAGGGAGCUGCCCAGAAACAUUGGAGAGAGCAGACCGAAGAAGACUGAGGCGGAUGGGGAAUGGGAGGGAAAGAGAUAGAGAGACACUGAGGGAGCCACAGAGACAAUGGGCCAUUGUGGGAGAAGGAGUGAGUGAGAGCCCAGAGCUCAGAGACUGAAGAGAAAUUCACAGAGAGAGAAGAAAAGGUUGGCUAACACACUGAGGCCAGGGUGCACAAAUGCCCUGGACUGGCAGAGACAGAGACGAGCAAGGAGCAAGGCCAGGUGGAGAGACAUGGGGUGGAGACGGAGACACGAGGAGGGCGAGGGACCCGCAGAGGCGGAAAGGCACUGAGCCGGAGGUGGGGUGUGGGUGAAGAGGUUUGGAAACCGAUAGGGAGGUGGAAAGAAAGACCUUGCUAUACCUAGAGCUGUUCAGAGACAGACAGACUGCUGCACCUGAGACACACACACACACACACACACACACACACACACACACACACACACACACACACACACACACGAGACUGAUGGAGAGACUCAGAGACACCAGGACGCAGACAAAGAACAAAAGAGAAACCCCUCAGAGAUGGAGGUGUGGAGGCAGAGCUGCAAAGUGAGAGAUGACAGGGAGACCAAGCGGGAGAAUGAGGCAGAGGCACAGGAACUGCAGGAGCAGCCACAGACAGAAGAGACUGAGAUCCAGGGCAAGAGAGAAGCUGGGAGCCAUAGAUGGAGAUGCUGAGAGACAUGGAGAGAGAGAGAUCCUGGGAAUUCCGAGACAGAUUACGAGAGGCCGAGAAAGAAACGAGGGACUGAGAAACAGCAAAGUGAGGCUGGCAGAGGUUUCCUCCUCUGUCCAGUGCUGAGCUGAGAUCUCAGAUCCCUAAAUACAAGGCCGUUCCUCUCCUAGGAGUGUCCAUCGAGGAAAGGCCGCCUUCGAUCAGAGCUCAGAACAAUCCAGAGAUUUCGAGGCCAGGAGAUAGCAUGUGCCAGACCCGGAGCACAGCCCACAGAGGCAUGGAGCUUGCAGGGAAGGAAAGGCAGCAGCCAAAGAUAACAUGGGGUUGGGGUCCUGAGCCCCCAGAAGCCCCACCCUCAGGGACACUGGUAGUCAUGGAGAGAGCCGCCCUAGCGAUAGGAUUCUAGACUCUUGGGCCCCGGGUGGGGCUAGUUGCUCGGGUUACCACAGGGAAGGCUCCCCAGUGACCCCCGAGGUCAGGGGAGUAGUAGCUGGAGCUGAGGGAUCCUGGGGGCAUCAUGGUGGCCACUGCCAUCCUUGCCUUCGGCUUCCUGCUGCUGGUGAUGUGCAGAGCUGGGCUCCCCUCUUCUCUUCCAGAUGCGAAUGGAAUCCAAGGUUUCUUCUCCCCGUGGAGCUGUGAAGGGGACAUGUGGGAAAGGCAAGCAUGUGGGGGCCAGGCGGCCGUCGAGAACCCAAACCUGUGUUUUCGGCUACACUGCUGUUAUGAGGAAGGGAACUGUUUCCACAAGACUCUUGACGAGAGCUUGCGAAAGAAACACCUAUGGACCUUGGGCUUAACGUGCGCUGGCCUGGUUAUGUUCAUCUUUUUCAUCUGUUUCUUCUGGUGGGCCAGACGUCGGGGCCUACAUAAGAGUCUGAAGAUGCCAGGCCGCUUGAGCGACUCGGGGAAACCGAAAACCUCCAGGAAGUCUUCUAUGUCUUCUCAUUCCUUCUCCUUCAAGAAGAAGGAGCAGUCUCCACUCCUAGCUGAUGGAGGUGGCCCUAAGCAGCUUGGCGAUGAUGCUGCAGAGGCCAUGGAAGGCACCGAGGAAGAGGAAGAGGAAGGGGAAGAGGAGGAUGAAUACUAGGGGCGCCAUGGCCCUUGAAAAAAUAUAGCCUUGGUUAAAGCCACUCUUACCUCGAUUUUUGGCCUGACCCUGGUAUGUGCCUGUA